ACUCAAAACUAGCCACAUACUAGUCGUCAUUAAUGUCGCAUUUAUGCUAUAAAACCACCUCUCAGGUUUCUCUUAUGAGCACUCAAAAUUAUUAAAAGAUGGGUGAGGGAAGAGGCAGUGUUAUUACAAUGCUACUAUUGUGUAUGUUUGUGUUUCAUCCUAAGAUGAUUCAUGCAGAAACAUACAUUGUUGGUGAUGGCCAAGGUUGGACUUUUGGUGUUCAAAACUGGCCUUCAGGAAAAACAUUCAAAGCAGGUGACAUACUCGUUUUCAAUUACAUCCCUUUGAUACACAAUGUGGUGAAAGUGAAUGAGUUUGGCUAUAAUUCAUGUGUAGCUCUUGGAGGAUCUGAUUUGCAUGUAUCUGGAGCAGACGGAAUUACACUUACUAAAGGAGCCAACUACUUCAUAUGUGGUGUUCCUGGUCAUUGUAAUCGAGGACAGAAAAUUGCAGUGAAUGCUAAUUAAUCUCUUAACUAUGUCUUGGAAUUUUCAAUAUUUAUGAAUUUAUCAAUCCAAGGCAGCUUAAGGAAGUACGUGUUGAAGUUUUGCCUUUAAUUGGAAAGGACUGCAUUGUUGUAUUGAGUUGCUAUAGGCUGAUGGAUUUACUAUCUUACAGUAUCUUAUUAUUA